AUGAGCUUCACUAAUACCACCAACGCCACCACCACAACCAUGACUUCCAUACCCGACGUCAUGCCGGCCAUCGUGGUCGAGGAGCACGGCGACCCGACGGUGAUGAAAACGAAAGAAAUUCCCGUUCCCAAGCCCUCGGUGGGGGAAGUCCUUGUCAAGAACGCCUACUCAGGCGUGAACUUUAUCGACACCUACUACCGAACCGGUCUCUACCAAGCUCCCCUCCCGCUCACCCCCGGCCGCGAAGGUUCCGGUACCGUUGUCGCGGUCCACCCUUCCGUUACUGAUUUGGAGGUUGGCGACAAGGUCGUGUAUCUGUCCAACAAUGGCUCCUACGCGGCUUACACCACAGUGGACUCCAAGGACGUCGUCAAGCUCCCACAGGGCUUGGACGAGAAGACGGCGGCCGCGGUGUUGCUUCAGGGUCUGACUGCAUGGACCUUUGUGCGUGAGGCCGGACAGGUACAGCCCGAUGAUUGGGUCCUGGUUCACGCUGCGGCGGGUGGCGUCGGUAGCAUUCUUACCCAGAUGCUGAAGGCGGUCGGCGCCAAGGUUAUUGCUACGGCCAGUAGCGAAGAGAAGUGCCAGCUUGCGAAGAGCUACGGUGCCCAGUAUGUUAUUCAGUCGCGGGGUGGGAGCGUGCCCGAGAAGGUGAAGGAGAUUACUGGUGGUCACGGCGUCGAUGUCAUCUUUGACGGUGUGGGCAAAGCCACCUUCGAUAGCGACCUGGAGAUGAUUGCUAGGAAGGGUACCAUUAUUGUCUUUGGAAAUGCCUCCGGCCCUGUACCCCCGUUCGACAUCCUCCGUCUCGGACCCAAGAACGCCAAGAUUGCGCGCCCUGUCGUGUUCAACUACGUCGCCACACACCAGGAGCUCCAGAAAUAUGCAAACGUGCUCUUUGACAUUGUCAUUGCUGGCAAGGUCAUUAUCAAGAUCCACGACGUCUAUCCUCUCGAAGAUGCGGCGAGGGCACACCAGGAUCUCGAGGGAAGGAAAACGACGGGAAAGCUACUGCUAAAGUGCGAUUAA